AUGAAAGGACAUGAGGAGGGAGGUAACGACUCCACCAGUGUAAAUCCUUCUGAAACGUGCAAAAGGAUACGACCAGAGGAGAACGUGGAGCCUGUGCCGGAGAGCUCGAGUGAGGCACCAGGCUGCGACUGGACCCGGCUGCCACAGGAGCUCCUGCUGCACAUCUUUCAGUACCUUCCCCUCCUGGACCGGGCCUAUGCCUCUCUGGUGUGCCGAGGGUGGAAUCAGGCUUUCCACAUGCCAGAGCUGUGGAGGUGCUUUGAGUUUGAGCUCAACCAACCAGCCAGCUCCUACCUCAAAGCCACGCAUCCUGAUCUUAUUAAACAGAUCAUAAAAAGACACUCUAAUCAUUUGCAAUAUGUCAGCUUCAAGGUGGACAGCAGCACAGAGUCUGCAGAGGCGGCAUGUGACAUCCUGUCACAGUUGGUGAAUUGCUCUCUUAAGACAUUGGGACUAAUUUCUACUGCUCGGCCCAGCUUUAUGGAGGUGCCAAAGUCUCACUUUAUCUCGGCUCUUACUGUGGUAUUUGUAAACUCCAAAUCAUUAUCUUCACUCAAGAUUGAUGAUACACCAGUUGAUGACCCGUCUCUAAAAGUGCUGGUGGCAAACAACAGUGAUACUCUGAAACUUCUAAAAAUGAGCAGCUGUCCUCAUGUCUCACCGGCAGGGAUUCUGUGUGUGGCAGAUCAUUGCCAUGGAUUAAGAGAGCUGGCGCUGAACUACCACCUUCUGAGCGACGAGCUCCUGUUGGCAUUCAUCAAGAAGAGCAGCUGGGAUGCCAUGGUGCGGCACUCGCCUAAGGUUAACCUGGUUAUGUACUUCUUCCUGUAUGAAGAGGAGUUUAGUCCGUUCUUCAAUGAGGAGAUUCCUGUCACACAUCUGUACUUCGGUCGCUCUGUUAGUAAGGAGGUGUUGGGCCGUGUGGGUCUUCACUGCCCCCGUCUGGUGGAGCUGGUGGUCUGUGCCAAUGGUCUGCGUCCGCUGGAUGAAGAGCUCAUCCGCAUCGCCAAGCGCUGCACUCAGCUGUCUGCGAUCGGCCUGGGGGAGUGCGAGGUGUCCUGCAGCGCCUUUGUGGAGUUUGUGAAGAUGUGCGGCCGGCGGCUCUCACAGCUGUCCAUCAUGGAGGAGGUGCUGAUCCCAGAUCACAAAUACACACUAGAUGAGAUCCACUGGGAGGUCUCCAAGCAUCUCGGCCGAGUCUGGUUUCCAGACAUGAUGCCAACUUGGUGA